AAUGUUUACACACACUGAUACAGAAGAUGAUAGCCUACAUCUUGUCAAUAAUGGGAACAUCCACAGGGUUUAUUAGUUUAUUUGAUCAGAUAACCUUGUGACAUGUAGGUACUGAUGUACUCUUUACCAAUGGAGGCUGAUCCUAGUGUACAAUUUUAAGAUUUUUGACAUAUUCCUUAUAAAGAGGGAUACAAGUAAGGGAAAAAAAUGAGUUUUGAAUCUAGUUCUGAAGAUCCUAUGGAUUACCUGAAGACUAAAGAUUCAGAGAAAGAGCCAUUGCUGGGAGGAAAAGUGGCAGAAGCUCCAGCUGGUUUUGGAAGCCGCCAUGUUCUUGCAUUUUUGGCAUUUCUGGGAUUUUUCAAUGUGUAUUGUUUACGUGUGAACCUUAGUGUGGCCUUGGUUGCUAUGGUGAAUUCUACAAAUAAUGAUCCAUCAUCUGUAAAUUCUACUGAGUGUAAGGAAGACAUACCAGCCAACACAACAUCAACUAAUACUGGUGAAUUCAACUGGGACUCUAAUACCCAGGGUCUUGUUUUGGGGGCAUUUUUCUACGGCUACAUAAUCACCCAGAUCCCCGGGGGCUGGCUGGCCGAGGUGUUUGGAGGGAAGAAGCUGUUUGGUUUUGGGGUUCUUUGUACAGCAAUCCUCACCCUCCUGACCCCCCUAGCAGCGCGAUGGAACCUGUAUGUGUUCGUAGCUCUCAGAGUCAUUGAGGGAAUAGGAGAGGGUGUGACUUUUCCCGCCAUGAACGCUAUGUGGGGGAAGUGGGCCCCACUCUGGGAGAGAAGUAAACUGUUGAGCUUUACUUAUUCUGGUGCUCAGUUAGGGACUGUCUUCUCUAUGCCAAUCUCUGGGAUUUUGUGUAAAUCAGAUUUCUUAGGGGGUUGGCCAUCCGUGUUUUAUUUGUUUGGUGCCAUUGGUUGUGUGUGGUUUGUUGUCUGGAUGCUGGUUGUUCACGACACGCCCGCCCAACAUCCCCGGAUAUCCCAGGAAGAGAAGGAUUACAUAGAGACCUCCGUCGGAACCAGACAAAAACUAAAGACACCUUGGCUUUCUAUUUGGACCUCCCCAGCAGUAUUUGCGAUCUGUGCCGCCCAUUUUGCCAACAACUGGGGUUUCUACACUAUGUUGACCUGCUUACCAACCUACAUGAAGAAGAUUCUUCAUUUCGAUGUACAGCAGGAUGGAUUUCUAUCAGCAUUGCCUUAUUUAGUGUGUUGGAUGUGUCAGACAAUCUCUGGACAGCUCGCAGACUACAUUCGGAAAAAUCAGUACCUAACCACUGCAAACACCAGGAAAGUGGUCAACUCCUGUGGUUUGCUGUUACCGGCCAUUCUUUUGUGUUGUGUUCAGUUUGCGGGAUGUAACCAUGCUGCAGUGGUUGCCAUAGUAACAUUUGCGGUGGGUUUGGGUGGAUUCUGUAUGGGAGGAUUCAACUGUAACCAUAUUGACAUAGCUUCCAAUUUCUCAGGGACUCUGAUGGGAAUAACCAACAUGUUCGCCACAAUCCCGGGAUUCCUGGGACCCGCCGUGGUGGGAUGGCUGACCAGUCACGAGGAUACACGGGCUAAAUGGCAGAUUGUGUUUUACAUCUCGGCAGCAAUCUAUGUGACAGGGUGUAUACUUUUCAAUGUGUUCGCGCGAGGAGAAGAGCAGGAGUGGAACAUUCCAGAGGUGUCUGUGUUAGUGUACAAAGGGAAUAAAAUCAAUGAACGAGACCGCUCCGAGAGUAGUCAGAACAGUAUAUCGUCCAGAAUCCAGUCCGCGCAGUGAUAUCAGCUAAUGACUCAGCCAAGACUUUUCUAGACCUUGGUAAUAUGGAGCACCAAUGAUAAACAUGACCACCAUUUACAUGUAACAACAAAUGUGAAGCUCCAUGUACACUGAUUGGUUUGAGUUUUCAUGCUGCUCAGGGAACAAACAUUGCCAAGAAAAUAUCUAUCUUUUAAAAUCAGAAUGUUUUUAUAUUUUAUAAAACAUGUUUGGGAAAUAAAAUUCAAAAAUAGGAAAGAGAGAGAAAGAUAUAAAAUACAAGUAUUUAUUUUGAACAUUAUUAUACAAAAUUUUAUGAUCUUAUUGUAUAUCCUUAGUUAAGUGAUUUGCAUUUUGCCUCUUGUUGGGUCCUGAAUGAACGUAUGUUUAUCAACACUUUUGUUGUGAUAACUCAAAUUGCAUUUCUUGUGUUCCACAUUGUACACAGAUUUUUUUGAUCAGACCUCUAUGGAGGUUGGGAGUUUGAUCAGUGUGCAUAUUUGUUAUAUCCAUAUCCAGUAAUAAAUACUUAAAAACUUUAUGAAUACA